AUGUACUUCUCCAUCCUCGCUUUCGUUUCUUUCCUCUCCUUAAUCGCCAGCUUCGCUCAAGGAGCGCCGACCGAAUUCACUCUCGCUCGGCGCAACGAGACUGAGCUUGCCAGGCGAGUCAGCAAUGCACGCUUGACUUGGUACCAGGUCGGAUUGGGAGCUUGCGGGAUUGCCAAUCAGCCAAGCGACUUCGUUGUAGCCUUGGAUGCCCCUGAUUUUGGUUCUGGCUAUCCCGGUCCGCACUGCUUCCAGCACGUCUCCAUAACCGCCAAUGGUAAGACUGCUACGGCCGAAAUCGUUGACAAGUGCCCUGGGUGCCCCGAAGGCGGUCUUGACCUCAGCGAAGGUUUAUUCAGUUUCUUUGCCGACCCCGGGGUCGGUGUCUUGACCGGCUCUUGGAAUUACGUUUAG